AUGAGAUUUGCAGCCUUUGCUCUUUGCGCGUUUUCGCUCAGCACCAGUGUGCUCGCCCAUCCUGAAAAGCUCACUCCCGAGACCCAUGAACAACAAAAGCGCGAAGUUGGCCGCUCGACCGGAAAAUGCGCUGCAGCGAUCGAGGCACGUAAAGAGAAGAUGCUGGCCGCAAGAUCAGAGCGCCUCCUCCAACGUCGCAUCGCCUCCGGCAACCUGAACCUGGAUCGCCGCGAUAUGAUGUCUGGUACAAUGCAAAAGCGGAAUGAGCUCAAGUACACGACGAUCCAGAACGACACCUGCGUGCUUGCGCCUGAGACGGUCUGGGGUCCGUAUGCUGUUGAUGGCGAGCUGCAAAGACACGAUCUUCGCGAGACGCAAGAAGGCAUUGACUUCUACCUCGAUAUUGGCGUACUCGAUCUUAACACUUGCGAGCCCCUCUCCGGCGCUGCGCUUACCAUCUGGAAUUGUAACGCCACCGGGUUCUACUCAUCUUACACUGGCAUCAACCCGAACACAGUCGAACUUCUUGAUGGCGCCACGAAGCGGCCCGAUGGUACUACGGAUGAUGAGACGUUCCUCCGCGGUAUUCAGAUUACCGAUUCCAAUGGUAUGGUCGAGUACUUGACGAAAUUCCCUGGGUAUUACGCCUCCCGCACUACACAUGUGCACGUAACUGUACAAAGCGAUGUUACAAACGGGACUAGUUAUUCCACAAGCGGAACGCAGCAUCUUGGCCAACUUUUCUUCGACGAAGAUUUGUUGAGCCAGGUGUACGCCGUCGAGCCAUACAAUGCGCAUCUCUCCACGCUGAACAGGACAACAAAUGCGGAGGACUCCUUGUUCUCUGAAGCAAGUGCAGAUGGGUACAGCGCUAUGGUCAGCAUUGAGAUGAUCGGUGAUAACAUCGAAGAUGGUUUGAUCGGCUACAUCACCGUUGGCGUGAACCCCGACGGCGAGGCUGCUGUAACAACGGGUGGCAGCGUUAACCCUCAGGGCUUGAUCCCCACCGUCAGCGUUGCGGAAGAGAAGAAGGCCGAAGCAACUGCUGCGGACCUGGCCGCUGGAUAUACGGAUUGA